CUUGGAGAUAUCCCAUACCUCCUUAUCUAGUAGAUGUUCCCAGAGCGUCGUACGGUACAGACGCAUUACGUCGCGUUCGCGUCGACUAGGCGGCAGUUUGGUAACCCGGUGAUUUAUUUGGUCAGCAGCGAGCGACCUGAACGUUGAUCAGCAAGUUCGGCGGCCGUGAUAGCGAUCAGCAUCGUGUCGAUUAGUAGCACGUCGAUCAGCAUCACGUCGAUUAUUCACCUUUAACGUUUAGAUAUCCUUGACGAUGACUUAGAAAGAUAUCGAUUACGGUUCUUCAGGCGCCUCAGAAAUAGCCGUAAGGUAUCCCGAUCAGCGUCUCGGCGAUGUUUAAGAAGAAGAAUUUCCGUCGCAGGCAGGACGACGACGGCGACGACGGCGGCGGCGACGGCGAUGCGCAAAAUGGCGGAACCACCGCUGCGAAACCCGCGUCGGCUGCCAAAUUCCGCGCUGAAAAGGCUAAGGAGAAACCUAAAGCCGCCCCGGCGAGCCUGCUGAGCUUUGAAGCCGACGAGGAUGGGGAGGGAGACGACGGCGGGCCGUUCGGCAUGGCGAUCGGCGGGCGAUCGAAAACCAAACCCAAACCGGAAUCCAAGUCGAAAUCUAGAUCGGCAGGGUUUGGCACGGGGCACGGGGAUGGGCACAAAUUAAGUAGAGAUAAAAAAGGCCGGGAAGACAGGAAAGGCAGGGAGGAAAAGAGGGAGGGGGGCAAGGGCGGCGGGGUGGUGGGGGGGGGGCCGUCCGCUGCUGGCGGAGCGUUGAACGUGGUGCCGCAGUCGGGGGAGUACACUAAAGAGAAGCUCGCUGAACUGGCGCGCAACACAAUGCGCAUUGCAGCGCCUUCGUCCGCCUCUAGGCGCACUCCCCCUCCCCCCUCCGCCUCCUCAGCUACAGCAGGCGCAGCCCUCUCAGCCGCCGCGGCCCCUUCCUCUACCGUCACCCCGCCCUCCCUCUCCGAGCCUCUCAUCGUGCUUCGGGGGUCGCUCAAGCCUGCAGGCUCGGCCACCGCCGAAGCUGAGGCUGGAACUAGUGGUUCGGGAGCAGCAGGUUCGGCAGGUGCUGCAGGUGCCGCAGCAGGAAUGGGAGGCUUGGGAGGAGGCUUGGGAGGAGGUUUAGGAGCAGGAUUAAGAAAGGGGGGAGGGAGUUACAUCGGCGGCACGUUUAUCCCCGAUGCUGCUGCUAUAGCAGCGGCAAAAGCAAAGAGGGAGAGAUUAAGGCAGGCCAAAGCAGCUCCGGAUUUUAUUCCGCUUCCAGGGAGUGAUAGGUCUGACAUGGCAGGGGCGGGGAGCAUGAUGAGGGGGGGGAUGGGAGGGGAGGAAGCGGACGAGGAGGAGGAGAAGGGGAACGAGGAGGAGGAUGAGGAGGAGGCGAGGUGGGAAGAGGAGCAACUCAGGAAAGGGGUGGGUCGGAUGGUAGCCCUGCGAGGAGCUACAGGGGGGAAGGAAGGGGGAGCCAUGGGAAAAGCAGGGGGAGCAGAUGGGGCGGGGGUUGGGGGAAUGGUUGGGGCGGGGUCUAUUGUGGCGGAAGGGGACGAAGUGAUGAAGUUUUUGAGAGAGGGCCUGGCAAGACUGCAGGCCUCGCAGUCCAAGGCUGAGCGGGAGGCUCGGGAUGCAGAGGAUCGGCUGGUGGCGGCAGCAGAGGAGGUGCUAGGACUGGAGAAGGCGAUGAAGGGCGCUGAGAGCAAGUACCGAUUCGUGCAGGACUUGAGGCAGUACGUGGCCGUGCUCUGUGACUUCCUCAAGGACAAGGCGGCCCUAGUAGAGGAGCUGGAGGAGUCGCUGCAGCAGCUGCAGGAGGAGCGUGCCAAUGCAGCGUUCGACCGGCGCCGCGCUGACCUGGCGGAUGAGCUGGCGCAAGCGGAGGCUGCCACGUCAGCAGCAGCAGUGGCAAUGGCGCAGGGCGCCGGGACGGUGACAGCAGCUGCAGCGGCGGCAGCGGCGGUGGAAGCGCUGGAUGAGUUUGGGCGUGAUGUGAACCUGCAGAAACGUCUGGAGUUCAAGCGGCGGAUAGCAGCGAGGGAGAGGCGACAAGCUAAGGCCGAGGCGAGGAGGGCUGGGCGCGGAGAAGGGGGGAGCGCAGGAGGUGGAGGAGGAGGGGGAGGAGGAGGGAGGGUGGAGGGGGAGUGGAGCAGCGAGGAGAGUGAGGAUGAGCGGAGUGCGUAUGACUCGGGCAGGCGGGAGAUACUCACUGCUGCUGAUGCCAUAUUUGGCGAUGCAGCGGAGGACUAUUCGAAGAUAGAGAAGGUCAAGCAGCGCAUGGAGGGGUGGAAGCAGCAGCACCCAGCGGCCUACCGGGACGCCUAUGCCAGCAUGUCAGCGCCAGCUCUGUUUGCUCCCUUUGUGCGCCUGGAGCUGCUCAGAUGGGACCCGCUGUUUGGAGGUGGUGCGUUCGACUCCAUGCACUGGUACUCGGUUCUGUUCGAUUACGGGCUCCCAACUGACGGGUCCGAGCCUGCCCCAGACGACCCGGACACGAACCUGGUGCCGAGGCUCGUGGAGAAGGUCGGGCUGCCGAUCCUCCACCACGCGCUGGAGCACUGUUGGGACCCGCUGGACCGCGCCGCGACCAAUCGCGCGGCGACAGCUGUCGAGGAGGUGCUGGUGUACGUGGAGGCGGGGGCGCCAGCUGUGGUGGAAAUGGUGAAGGCGGUUGAGGGACGGAUGGAGGGGAGUGUUGCAGAAAUGAAGGUCCCAGCGUGGCCGCCCCCUGUGCUGGCUGCCUGCCCCUCCGCUGCUCGGUUCGCGGCUCAAAGAUUCGGACAGGCUUUGAGGCUCAUCCACAACAUGGGCAGAUUACGAGAGGUGGUGUCUCAGCCACUCCUGGACCGGCUCGUGCUGGGCUCGCUUCUGCCCAAUCAGCUGCUGCCACAUCUACGCACCCUCACCCCGUCGCUGCACGACGCUGUACCCCGUACAGAGCGACUCGUUUGCGUGCUGUGCGACGGCAAGUGGGCGGGGACGGGCAGCGGAAGCGCCUUGCCACCCUCAGCGGAACCUAGGAACAGCCCCAGGUCCCCGCUGUCGCAGCUGGUGGCUUAUGUUGAAACGCUGGGUCGCUCUGUGGAGAGUCGAAGCGCAGUGGAGGGGCAGAGGGAGGAGUGCGUGAUGCUGGCGAGGAAACUCAAGCGAAUGCUGGUGCAGAUGGAGGAGAUGGACAAGGCGAGAGGUCUAGCCAAGGUGUUCGGAAUAAAGGAGGCAGUGUAGGUUCAGAGGAGGCAGUGCAUGUGCAUGGCACGGAGUGUGCGCUACUAAAUGGGAGACUGAAGGAGAAGGCUGCAGGUGCAGAUGGCAGAGAUGAACGAGGCAAGAGCUCUGCCCAAGUUGUUUCGCUCAAAGGGAGGUAGUAUACUGGAUGCGGGUGUGCGGGUGUGGUGCUCGCAAGGAGAUUGCCGUAGAUUUGCAAGUGGGCGAGAUGGAUAAGUUGAGAGCACUUGCCAAGCCAAGGUACGUGGUUGACAUCAAAGAAUUGCAGUAAUUAGCAAUUUGGUAUUCCAUUUUAUCCAGAUAAUGCAUCUGGUGAUUUAUGCUAUGCUAUGUAU